AAGCAAACGGCAAAGAGUAGUGAACCCGCGUAUGCCGACUGUUUUUGUAAAACCGACACAAAGCUGGUGGAAGUGGAAAUCGUUUGACGUAAACCCAACAAUUCAAUAUCUAUGUCGCUUACGUUCCGGAGAAAUCAGUCGAACGGUUAUGCUAUAGACCAAUACUUAUUAUACUUACACAACCAAGGGAUACUAAAAAAGAUAUAGUGAACGAUUGGAUAGUGAGGUUUUUUGUGUGAAAAUAAUUUUUGAACCUUUUUGUGCCAAAGACCCUAAACAAUGUGUGUGAACCAAACUACCAUGGUGCCCGCUGUUGUUAAUUUAGUUGCAAUGAAAGGACGUGAUACUUACUCUGGAUUUAUAUCUGAAUUUUCUUGCUUUAAAUGCAGAACUUUUUCGUCAGGAGAAAAAGACUUGGAAGCUACAGAUCUAUGGAAGUAUAAACAUACGAAACCUGUGAGAUCGACUUCUCCACACAAUGCUUUCAAACGUUGGCGGAAAUCCAGCCUCAAACCGUCAGAGUCAAAAAAUGCCAUCAAUGACUCCAAGACGAAUACGAAGGAAAAUGGCAGCGAAGAGGACAUGUCUUUGUUAAAAAUAUUUGCAAUUAAUGCAUUGGAUCUGACAGCACCAGCCAGCGAUGUUUUGCUAAAAAGUCGCAGUACAAAUUGGUUCCAGUUGAGCGGGCAUCCUGAUAGUUUAGCACCCGCAGGUCCUGGAACCGUUUGGAAAAAGAGGGCAGCUGGAGCAGACGACACCGAAAGAAUUGUGUACGAACAAUUAUCUCAAGAUCCACUGCUAAGCGACAUUAUCCCAAAGUAUUACAGAGAGGUGGAAUACCAAGGAGAGAAGUUCAUAGAACUGCAAGAUCUCCUACAUGGUUUUCAGGAUCCCUAUGUAAUUGACAUUAAAAUGGGAACACGUACAUUUUUGGAAUCGGAAGUAAAGAAAUGUUCGGCUCGACCUGAUUUAUACCAAAAGAUGAUCGCAAUAGACCCAAACGCGCCCACUUUGCAAGAACACGAAGAAAAAGCAGUUACUAAAUUAAGGUACAUGCAGUUCCGCGAGUUGCAAUCGUCGUCGUGCAGUCAAGGUUUCAGAAUAGAGGCUAUGAAAUGCAGAGGGUCACCGCCUGUUACAGAUCUAAAAAGAGUUAAAUCUAGUGAAGAAGUACUUAACACUUUGGAUAUGUUCCUUAAUGGCAGAGAAGAAAUAAAACUUCGAGUUAUUUCUAGAAUAUGCGAUAUAAGGAGCAGAAUUGAACAGUCAGAAUAUUUCAAAAGUAGAGAAGUCGUUGGAAGCAGUUUAUUUGUUAUUUAUGAUGAUUCAAAAGUCGGAGUUUGGUUAAUUGAUUUUGCCAAAACCAAUCAACUUCCAGAGGGUUUAACAGUCAACCAUAGGACCGAAUGGUUACAAGGAAACCACGAAGAAGGACUUUUGUAUGGAUUUGACAGAUUAAUAACGAUUUUGGAAAAUAUUCCGGCAUCGCCACACGAAUCCCAUCAUUCUUUUUCGAGGCCCAUCCCAGCUGUAAGUGUAAAGUCUUGAACAAAUGGAUGACAAUUUCCUUAGGGAUUUUUGAAAAUUUGUAUUGGAAAGAAUCGUUUUGACGACGUUUCUUUUGACGAAGAAUUGAUUGUUUAGCAGAAACAAAGAGCCUGUGAAUUUUGAUGUGAAUUGAUUUGUACCUUGCAUAAUUGAGAAUGUUUUACUAAGAAAAAGUUAAGAAUAUUGUAUAUGACAAUGUGAGCAAGUAUUAAAUUAAGUGAUUGUUGUGUACAUAAUAAAUGUAAACUCUUACUGCUUUGUUAUAAAAUCUAGUCAUUUAUAUUGUAGUAUUUAUAUUUUAGGUUUAAGUAACAGUUACCAAUUGAAAAAUGGGACUACUGUACAUUAAUUGUAUAUUGAGUUUUUACACUUAUACAUUUUUUAGAUUGUGUACUUAUUUAAUUAAAACGUUUUUUACUUUA